AAGCCCGCGGUUUACAAAAUCUACUGCAGGAGUAACGUUAAGUAAAAUAGUAUAAAUAACAUAGUUUCCCCCCUUAACUAACCUGCUGGAAUAGUGACAAAGUUCUGCUAACGCCACAGUAACGUCAACCCGUAAUACAGUCGUUGAAAUUGUAGCGACAACCCUGCAAUUUUAGAACCAAACACCUCACGGCAUCAUUGUUUUGUUUGUAGUGGCAGUAACGUUAGCAGAUGGCUAGUUAGCCAAAUAGCACAGGGGAGGUAACGUUACCUUGUCAACUAGUGUCAACUGAAACUGCUCUGCCCUUGUAGGAAAUACAAGUCGCACAAUUUCUUUCUACGACUUGGGCUGGAUAACACACAGCAAUGUCGGUGUCAACUGGGGCUCGUUUUGGGGGGAGCCAAAGCAGCAGAGUUAAAGGAGACACUAUUUGUGUGGUGCCCGACCUGCACUCUGAUCUCCUGGAGGAUGAUGACUAUGACCUGAAUAAGUCCUACCCAUGUACUCAGAGACCGAUGUACAAGAGAAGCCUCUGGGCAUUGCAACAUCGUUAUCAUCCUGAUUAUUUUAGAGGUGAAACUUUGGAUGUUUGUACUUCCGUCGCAGCAAGAAACCUCCAAAUCUCUAGCUUACAUCCUGGCUCCCGAGUUUCUGCUGUCUCCCUGCCACACCCAUCCACUAUGUCAGAGGCCAAGGAAAGCUUGGUUCGUCAGCUCACUUCUGGAGAGUUUGGCCUGUCGGGAUCUCCAUCUGCCCUCAACCCAAACAAAGUCAUUCUUACGGUUGACUUUAAAACCAGUGAGAUUUUGACAGCAAAUGAACAGGCCUUCAAAAUGUUUGAAUGCACCACCAAUGAGCUGAUUGGAAAAAAGCUGUCCUGUGUCUUAAAGAAAACCAGUCAGGUCCUGGAGGAAGCUUUGGAAGACGAUUUUCCUCUAGUGGAUGGAACUAUUGCGGCUGUGUCUGGAAAAGUGGUGGAUGUUGUGACAUUAUCUGGUGAGGUGCCAGUGUCAGUCUGUACCCACAGAUGGUCACAAGAUGAAGAACCCUGGCUUGUCAUGAUGGAAAGUGUGGAAAGGGUAUCAGCCUUACUGUCCUUUUCACAAGAUGGCAGUAUCCUAACCUGUGACUUGGCGUUUGCCCAUCUCCAUGGAUACCACCAUCCUGACGAGUUAAAAGGGUUGUCUGUGAAGGAGCUCAUCCCCUCUUUACAAAUCCCACUGCACUGUAAUGCAUUGCCCAAAAUGCUGAGGGUUCAGAGGGUGUGUGGGAAAAGCAGAGGGGGUGCAUCAGUUCCGCUGUGUGUCAAACUUCAGGGGGCAGUGGCAUUUGGGAGGCCCCAAGAUCAAAACAAUGGAACUGGUUGCGCUUGCCCAACAGAGAGUCUUGAAAGACCAGAAGCACAGGACAAUCAGCCAUGCUCUCUUCUCACCUCAUCUGUGUGCAAGUCAGAAGGCUCGAACCCUGAAGAGCCAUCCUCUGAGGUGAAAGUGGACAGCAAUGUCCUCUCCCCCGGCCCUGCACUGGAAUACUCUGGAACAGUUUGGGCAUUUGCUCCUCUGAGCGGUCUCCUCCUGCUCCGCCCUGAUGGCUCAAUCUACAGCAUCCACAACCACCUCGCUCUCAGUCUGUUUGGCUACGACAACGACGAGUUGCUGAGCAAGAGUGUCACUUUUCUGAUGCCCGGAUUCUAUGGAUGGAUGUCUGGCUCUGACAGAAAGUCCAGCCCCUUCUCUGAUUCUCAAGCAGAGGCUCAUAAAAGUACAGCCUCAUCCAAAACAUCAGGGAAAUAUGACCCUUCCUCGCUGGUGGCUGGUGAUAUGGCCAUGGUGCAGCAGGCUGUCCAGGGAAGAGACUCCACAGGGAGAGGCAGGAUCUUUACUGGGACCAACUCCAGGCUUGAGAAACCAGGCAGCGCUUUGUCGACCCUUUCUCCUCCUGCUGUCACCUCCACACGAGUGGUUAUGGCUGAUGACACUACAGAGCUGAUGGAGGAGGCAGCCAUGGUUGCUCUCUGCACCAGCCAGCUAGACAGUGGUGAUACCACUCAGGCUCUCCUCAAGACCUUUGUUAUGGUUCUAGAACCUGCAGAAGAAGAGACCUACUGCCUGGUUCCCACCGAACCACCUCACCAUAACCGAGAACAGCAGCUCGACCGUAAAGCUCAUAAAAUUAAUCAACCUGCCAUCAAGCUCAUCCCAGACCACAGCCAUGCUGUUGGCAAGGUGGGUGGCCCCUCUCCUGAUGUAGGCAAAGACCACCGCUCACAUGCCUCUGUCCUCCAAGACUCCAGCUUCGAGGUCAUCUCACUGGAGAGCAGGUCUUCCUCUGGCUUCUGUGAACAGUUUGCCGGCCAUUGUGGUUCUGAUCCAGGCCAGGCAGAGGACACUCGUUCAGCACACAGAGUGGACUCAGCCAGCUGUUUCCUGGACCUUAACAGCAAUGGUGAUCUGGUGACCCGGGCCCUCAGCGACUUAGAUCUGAGCGGUAGCGUAGAACUUGUCAGUGGUGGAGGGUACCAUGAUAAUAACCAACACUCCAUGAUAUCCUGUGAUACUGCUGAGCUCCUGCGUACACCCUCGUACACCCUUGCCCUGGUAGGGUCCGACCAUGAAGCAGAGUCUGUUGACGCCUGCGUAGAGGCCAGAAACAGCUCAAAUAAAGAGCAAGUAGAAAACAACCAGGAUCAGUGGGGAGCUCUCUCUUCAAUUCACAAAGAAAAGAGCCAAGAGUUCUGCCCGCCAAUUACCAGUGGGAUUCAGUCAAUGACAGACAUUCCCGCCACAUCUACUCCUAAGAAACAGAAGGUGAAUGUACACAGCCCGUCCUCAGACACCACACAGAUACUGGAGGGGCGAUGCGAAGGAAGCGCGUACCACAGAGAUGGCACGAGAGUAGAUGUGCAGUGUGAUGUGCUCAGGACCGACCUCCCUGAUGGAAGCUCCAUGUUCUGUGUGUGGAUGAGUAGGCCUGGCCAUCGGGGGACACUAUUACAAACAGAUGGAUCACUGCACAACCAAUCAGGAGCCAGUCUAGGAGAGAGGAUUGGGCAGGCUUUGCGCUCCACCAUGGACCUAGAUCAGUCUCGAGCCUGUGAUGGGCAGUUUGAAGAAGUGUACCAGCCUCUUAAAGCUGUGGGUAAAGGAGCCUUUGGUUUUGUCUGGAAGGCAAUAAGGCGCUGUGAUGGAGUAGAAGUGAUAGUGAAGUUCAUUAGCAAGGGCAGGAUAGUGAGUGACUGCUGGGUCGAUGACCCAAUGCUGGGACGAGUCAGCCAGGAGAUUGCAAUACUGACCCGAGUACAGCACCACAACAUAGUCAAGGUGCUGGAGGUGUUUGAGAAUGGGAGCUACUUCCAGAUGGUGAUGGAGAAACAUAGCGAAGGCUUGGACCUUUUUGAGUUCAUAGACAUGCAGCCACGGCUGGAUGAGCCCCUGGCCAGCUACAUCUUUAGACAGCUGGUGGCUGCUGUCUUCCAUCUGAGGUCUAAGAACAUUCUUCACAGGGACAUUAAAGAUGAAAACAUCAUCAUCGACAAGUGUUUCCACAUUCGACUGAUUGACUUUGGCUCUGCUGUCAUGAUGGCUCCCAGGAAGCUCUUUUACAAUUUCUGUGGCACACUGGAGUACUGCUCCCCGGAGGUGCUUCAGGGAAAUCCCUAUGAGGGUCCAGAGCUGGAGAUGUGGUCUCUCGGUGUGUUGCUCUACACGCUGCUAUUCAGUGAAAACCCUUUCUGUGGCGUUGAGGAGAUCCUGGAUGCCAAACUAAAGCCUCCGUUCCCCCUCUCUCCAGACCUGCAAGAUGUGUUAUGUGGACUGCUGCACCCUGAUCCCGCUCAGAGAAUGACUCUGGACCAGCUGCUGCUGGAGUCCUGGAUCAGCCAGCCCAUUUCAAUGUCCGAGUACAGCUGGACAGAGGUGGUGCCUGCAACUCAGAGCUUCUACUCGCCACAGCACCAGGAGUCCAGUCCUAAAGUGUUUGUCGGGCAAGGCUUGUUUCCAGAUGGACACGAUGAGACUCUUCCUGAUGAUGAGGAGGAGGAAGAUGAGGAUGACAGGAUGUCAAUGGUGGCCCUGGAAACAGAGCUUCAGAAGUACCUCCAUGAAGAUUGAAGACUGAAUUGAAAGGGAGUGGCAGCCCAACCAUCCGUCCAACAGUUAGUGUGCAGCAGUGCAGAGAGGACAUGAAAUGCAAAAUAAGAAAAGGGAAGCUUGUCUUAGUCAAAGGACAUAAUCAUACACUCCCGUCUACACAUAAUCUUUAGAGACAAAUGGCCCUCUGCCUUUAUGAAGUAGGCACAGCUCACUACCAAGUGUAAUGAAUAUCAUUAUCAAGCUGUUGUUGCAAAGCAAAAGCAUCAUGAUGUAGUUGUGUUUUCCUUUUUCAUUGUAUCUGUUUUAUUUAUUUGGAUUUAGGGAAAACUUGAAGCAUUAAAAUGAUAAUUAUUGUUCACGGAUCCAGCGGAUGCCACCCGAAUGAUCACAACCUUGUGUUGAUUCCUUCAACAAUUUGAUUGAAGUUGAAGGGAAUUGUUUUACUGAUCUAGCUUUUAUUUACCAAAUGUUUGUUUUAUGUUCAUGAUUUUAAACUUGAGAGUUUUAAUUAAAAAUUGUAAGUAUAUUUACAAUAUUUUAUUUAUUUUUAUACAUUAAUAAAUAUUUGAUGACAAUUAUGUUUCUUUUUAUAUGUUUGCCUGUUGAUCAGAACUGUAGAAAAUGUUUUCAUGUUUGUCAUGCUAACAUUGUAAAUGUAUUUGAAUUUUAUAUUCUUUAUUCAGUCUGAACAAUAAAUCAUUAAAUGCAAAGCAAUAACA